AGGAGGGGGGGAGGGCAAGGGAGCCAGUUCGAUCGACGAUGGGAGGUCACAGUUUAUUUAAGAACGCGCAUACGUCUCUUAUUAGUUCGAUCGGCAACCCCUCGCAGCAUACGAGUACAUACGUGCGAGUUGGUAGGAGGAGAUACGUAAUAACGAGGGGUUUGCAGUGGGUUGGCAACGAGCUUAGCCGAGGGUGCGCGACUGCGCCCGAGCUAGGCCGACUUCGGCCGAUCGAGCUCGUCGGGCUGUGCAAGCCGCUUUCAAGCGGCGGGUGUGUCCAGUCUCUAGGCAGCCUCCGCCCGUGUUAUAUCGUUAUUUCCGUUUCCUUAGUAUAGUGUUUAACGCUUUAAUUUCUAGUCUCGCGUAACCCUCUACACAUUCACACACAUAUAUAUAUAUAUAUACAUAUAUAUAUACAUAUACGCGUAUAUUGCAUUCUAUUCUUUAAAUCCGCGCGCUCACACACACACACAUAUACAUACACAUUACACACACUGUAUGUACUCCCUCGUUUUCGUUUUCGACGACGAUCGACGAAAUUUGGUGAUCUCGUUUUUCGACGAUAUCGGACGUGAAUAAUUUUCGGCUCGCCGCUCGUACAUUUACACGUACACUCACACAUGUGCUCGUCAAAGUGAAACCAAAGGACUGUCGACCAGGAGGCGAGCAUAAAUGCCGAUUUACGAGCGCUCGCGUCGUACUUUUCUUUCAUUGAUUUCCCCUUCUGUUCCGGGCGGCGGUGCGAGAGCGUGAUAGUAGGUGCACGUAAAGAGAGAGUCAGAGAGAAGAGCAGGGACCGGCACGAUUCAUCGACCAGUCGUUUAAUAGUUGCACGUUGCUCGGUUUCGCGUGCGACCGAAAAGAGUUUUCGGAAGGAAAGAAAGGAAAAGUAACGUCGAGAGAGGGAGAGAAAAGAAGUACGGGAAGAGAGAGUGUGUCGCGUCUCGCGGAAGGAGAAAGAAAAAAAAGGUGUUCUCUGUGUUUAUUGUGUGGAUGUGUGUCGUGUGCUCUCGCGUGCAUCGAUAAAAAGGUGGAUCCUGUAAAGACAGUGGAAGAAAGAUUUCGUACGUAGUUAGAAAGGACCCGGUCGAAGAGUGCAAUGAUGGCGAACGGAAUGGACACAGUCGUACAACAAAAUGGUGGAUCCACCCUCGGACAGGCCUCGCAGGAAGAGUCGAAAACGAAUCUCAUAGUAAAUUAUUUGCCCCAGAGCAUGACACAAGAUGAGAUUCGAUCCCUCUUCUCGAGCAUUGGCGAGGUUGAGAGUUGCAAGUUGAUUCGUGAUAAACUCACCGGUCAGAGUUUAGGUUAUGGUUUCGUUAACUAUCACCGGCCUGAGGAUGCUGAGAAGGCGAUAAACACGCUCAACGGUCUUCGUCUGCAAAAUAAAACGAUCAAGGUAUCGUACGCGAGACCGAGCAGCGAGGCGAUCAAAGGCGCAAACUUGUACGUGAGCGGUUUGCCGAAGAACAUGACGCAACAAGAUCUGGAGAAUCUAUUCAGCCCGUACGGCCGAAUCAUCACGUCGCGGAUACUUUGCGACAACAUCACCGUACGACAGUUUGUGACCGGCGGCGGAGACUAUUUGCCCGAGAAGAUGAUGGACCCGUUGAAUAACUUGAACCGAUUACCGACAGGAUUGUCGAAAGGGGUCGGUUUCAUAAGGUUCGACCAGCGGGUCGAGGCCGAGAGGGCGAUCCAAGAAUUAAACGGUACCAUUCCGAAGGGCUCGUCCGAGCCGAUCACCGUCAAGUUCGCCAACAAUCCGAGCAACAACAACAAAAAAAAAAAAAAAAAAAAAAAAAAAAAAAAUAAAAGAAAACGGAAGCACAAGGAAGCGACUGAAUCUUAUCCCGAUUUUAUUGGCUCGUUCCCGGAGUAUCUCUCUUCUUACGUUGUUCUUUUUGUGUUUUGUUUUAGCACUGGCAAGGCCAUGCUUGCCAUUAACAAAGGCUUACAGAGUAGGUACAGCCCGCUGGCAGGCGAUCUCUUGGCAAACUCGAUGAUAAGGAGGGAACGAUUUUGAUAAUAGAACAUCGGAUCGACUUUCGAACCGAUUUCGAACGCUUUUAGAGUUGGUUGCGAAGGAUACGAGAAGUAUUUUAGUUGCGAUUCUUAUUUAUAUUAAAUUGAAAAUAUCGAGCAAUCGUCUCGAUGUUCGUGAACAGAAAUUUAUUAAAAAAAUUUACUUAAAAUCUUUAUUAUCUGUGGUAUAAAACUUUUAAUAAACUCAUUUCGUGUGAACCGUUUUGAAAUCGGCCCGGGCAAAUGGCAAGAUGCAUUCGCGAUUUUUUACACGAUUUCACCGACAGACGAGCAAUAGUAAAAAAAAAAAGAAAGAAAGAAAGAAAAAAAAGAGAAAAUACUCUUCAUUCAAGAGUUGCAUUUAACGUUAGCCGCAUUUCUAAUAUUCAUUACGCAUAAGGAUUAGUAAUUUCGUACUACUUUUGUACUCUUUAACCGAUGAAGAAGGGGAUAAGAAGUGUUUCCAAGAGGUGAAGAUAUUCAGAAUGUGAUUUAUUAAUUCGUUCGAUUGCGAUGUAAGAAAAAUCAGGUAUAUACGUACGGUGAGGAACGGACUUUGCUUCUCCAAUAUCUUUUAAUCAAGUCGAAUUUUCCCAUUCUCUCUUUAUUAAAUUACAGAAACGAACUUCUUCAGCUUCUUCGAUCAUUCCUCAUUUUAUUCGUUUGACGAAAACGGAAAUGUUGCCAUUAUAUAAAAUUAGUUUUAGUAUUCGUUGAUAAAAAUCCUUAGAUUCGAAUCUCGAGGGCAAGGCUCCUGUUCUUUCUUCCGUCCCAUAGCAUAGCGUAUAGUAUAUGUAGAGCAUUAAAAAAAAAAAAAAAAAAAAAAGGCGCAAAUAUGGAGAAUUUUCCACCCGAUAUCGAUCACCGCACACACUUGAAAAUCUUUGGAUUCUCGACGAAAGCCCGUGAAGUUUUCUUCUUCGUUAAAAUUCGGAUAAGAUCGGAUCGAUUUUCGAAAAGAGAUGGAAACAACCAACGAAAUGAAACAGGAUAAUCCAAAAUGGAUCCAUCAACUGAUGAUAUCGAUUUGAAAGAUCGAUGAAAUGGUUUUGGGGAUAUACGCAAACGACGAUCGAUCAACGAGUCUCUUGAUCAAGAGACUCUUUUAAUCCUUUUGAUUAAGAAUACGCAUUUCUUCGGGAGAUCCAACCGGUGAAUAAUUAACUUAGAAACUACGAUUUCGAAUGCACGUAAGAAUGCACAAAAAAUAUUUUGUAAGAUUACGGUGGGAAUCGAAGGAUGUUCAUAUAUAUAUAUAUAUAUUGUUCACCGGAAAUGAUCUCGCGAUAUGAAAUACGUCGCUGUCAGUUUGAACAACGCACAAUAUUGUCCUUAUUCGACAGCUUGUCGAUCGAAAAUUCAUGGGUGCGUUGAUCGUCGAUCCAGAGAAUUGUCUCUCAUUAUCGUCGUCGUCGUCGUUGUCUUUUCUCGUCAUUGAUUCGCGUGAUUCAUUAUCAUCAUGGUAGCCGCAUUCGAGAUACUCGGUGAUCGCUGUUGUCGCACUUGUCGAUCGUUAUUAUGUUCGAACGAUCAUCGAUGAUUUUUCGAUCGCGUAUCGAUACCAAAUCGUGUGAGAAGUCGACGAUUUCGUUUUUUCACGUCUCACUAUCGUACAAAGAUCUAGGAUGGAACGAUCCAGGGAGCUUCAAAAAAGGAAAAAUACAAAAAAAAAGAAAGAAAGAAAGAAAGAAAUCGAUCGUGAAACGAAAGUAAAAAAUUUCUUCCUCGAAAUUAUUACGAAAUUUCUUAAAAGAAAUUGAAUUAAUUGUCGAUUGCAGGAAAUUUCGACCGAUAGGACGUGGCAUAAUCGUGGUUCUUAAUCGAUCGCGAUGGAUUUAUAGAUCGUUUAGCAUGCACGUGAUUGUUCCAGCCGGCCGGCUAUGAUAUUAACGGAUAUUAUACGAAACGAGGUAGAGAGAGAUCGUCGUUGCACAGGGCGCGAGAUUAAGCAGCAGAAGCAACCCAAGAGCGAAGCGAGCAAAAAAGAACAAAAUAAAGGGUAAUAAACAAUUCUCUUCCAAUUUGUACCGAAGCGAUUAAAUACCGCAGAGACUGAGAUUUUAGGCGAAGUUAAUUAGCUCCGAAAUGAUCGUGGCUGCGAUCGAUGAUACUCUCCUGAAACUUCCAGGGAAACUAGAUACCCCCAAAAUCGCAAAAAAAAGAAAAAAAGAAAAAAAAAAAAGAAAAAAAAGAGAGA